AUGGGGAAGGUAUUAGGCACUCCCAUUGUAGUUGAUCAGAGAACUCUUAAUCUAGAGUAUGGUAACUUUGCCUCAGUUUUGGUGGAUGUGGAUUUUGCGAAGCACAUUCCUAGUAGAAUCAAGAUUACAGCUGGGGGACGUACUUUCUGGCAAUAUUUGGAGAUUCCACGGGCUCCAAAAUUCUGUAUGAAGUGCUGCAUUAUUGGGCACAAUGAUGAUGAGUGCAGGAGGCAAACUAAGAGUGAUGAUAACUCUUCAAAGGCUGAUACUACAGCAAAGGGAGAUUCUUCCAAAGGCUGGCAGACUGCUAGGAAUAGGAGGCAGCGUAAAGGAAAGAAUGCUGAGAACUUUCCUGGUGGUGAUAAUGCUUCAAAAGAUGCGGAGCAUGAUGCUUCAAAAAAUGCAGAACAUGAUGGUGUUCUUGCUGUGUUACCAGGUGAAGUAGAGGAGAAUGCUAUUGGUGUGGAGGAAACCAAUCAGCUUGAGAAUGAGCUAGCUUCUUCUGAAGCUGUUUUUCAUGCAGCGUCUGUAGCUUUAGAGAAAACAAAGCAGGCAACUAAUCACUCUAUCACUGAUAAGACUAAUGCUAGCUCUUCUUCUACUCCUAUUGAAACUUCAGGAAGGAAGGGAGGUGAUGCUGUGGUGGACAAUAUUGAGAAUUUGUCUCGCUACAAAGCUAUUAAUGAGAAUGCUUGUGUGCUUUCUCCUAAUAAAUUCAAUGUUUUGUCUGCUGAGUUGGGGUUGGAUUCUGUGCAGCAAUCCAAUGAGAAAAGGGAGGAGAGUUCGGAUGAAGAAAUCACUCCAGAGAAAGCUUCGUCAGGUGUUAGGGGGUCUAAAUGGUCUGACAUACCCGUGGAGCAGCCAAAGAAAUCUAGGAAACCUGUUAGGAUUCGGAUUUCUAAUGAUCAGAAAAGUACUUCUCAACAAAGUACAAAUAAGGAGUCCAAGUCUGAUUCGGAAACUGAGAUCAAUGAUUUGGGAAUUCGAGUUAGAAAGGGAUUCUCCCCAGUUAUACUUAAACGGAAUUCUGAUAGGAUUCCUGAUGCUAGUAAUAAUUCAAAGAAUAUAGUUUCCUGA